UGACAUUUCUGGCUUUACUUUCUGUAAAUUUAGGUUUUUUAACACUGUUCAGCGCUUUAGAAUAUAUGUAUAAAGAUUUUAGCGCUCUAUAAGUGCAUUGUUAUUAUUAUUAUUAUUAUUUGUCAUUUGAUUUGGUUUAUAAGGCCAAAUUGAUAAUUUAAUAUAGUAAUGUGAGCACAUUUUGCGGUCAUUUUACAAUUUUUACAACCUAGAAAAUUUGCUGGAAAAUUUAGAAAAAUGAACUUUGAUGAACACAAAAAUUUUAAGGUUGAAAAUAAUCAGCCACUGAGAUGUUAACUAUUAGCAUAUAAUUUAUACUAAACCAUCUUCGCUUAUCAGUUUAUCAUGUUCGUCCAAGCUUUUAAAUGGGAAGAAUUUACCUCUCAUGGUUCUCAUCCCUAUUUGACAGUUGACGUCAGCAUAAACAAAAUUGAUGUCUCAGAGGGCUUUGACUCUCUCCUUGGCAAUGCCUAAUAGCUUCGCCUAUCUAGCUGUAAGGUCUAAUUGUAUUACUUUAUCUUUUGACUUUUUGCGAGCUUUGUACACAGCAGUUCUAUAUCUCCAGGAAACAAACUUAACCAUAUGGCCUGCUCGACUACACCAGGUGUUUUGAUUUCUCUCCAGCCCUAUCAAGCAUAUCAUCAGGGACCAUUACCCCAAUUUCAUUAAAGAGAUCCUUCACUUUUGUUUCGCAUUGUUCUGCAGUUUUGGAAUCAGAUGUUUUUUAUGCCAUAAAUUCUCAAACAGGCUCUUCUGCUGUAUUUCUCUGCAUUGUUGAUUUUACUUUCAGUUUCUUCAAGUCGCCGCUGUGAUUCUGCAAAGUGGGCAUCAUAUCCUGCAAUUUCUCGUUCUAACAUUUCUAUCUUAUUGCAGUGUGGUUUUACGACUUUAUAAAUUUUGUCUUGAAUUUUUUCGUAGAUUUUCUUUUCUAGAUUCUCCACCAGUUCCAUAAUAUAUCUUUUAUCAGACAGCCCUGUAAUCGCACCAGCUAUUAUUUAAAUUCUAAACAGGAAAAUUUGUUAUCUUUACCAUAGGAUGCAUUCCUGCUGUAGAAUAUUUAAAGGGUAAUGAUCAAUCCUUUUGGGUACCAAAAUAUGUAAAAAAAAUCAAAAGCUCUAGCAGAUUCCAAAAUUUUUUGCCACUUUGUAUAUUUUUAACAAUAAAUACUUGACUUUAUCGUUCCUAGGUUUCAAUUAAAACUUAAAUAUCAAUCUAUUGACCACAGGACAAAAAAUUGUAGAAGUAUUCACUUUCGAAUCAAGGUCCUGUUUUUGUUUGCCUGUUUCUCAAACUUAAAGAAUCUUUUGAAAAGACAUGUAGCAUAGUGUAAGUGUGAAAGUGCUAACAAGUAAAUAAAUUGCUAAUCAGAGGCAAGAAAGAAAUAUUUUUAAGGCAAAAACUACCUGCGCUUUAAACUGAAAUUGAAGAUUAACUUUUUUGAAACAACCGUUUAAAUAAAUAGCGCUGAAUAGAGAUAAUCAACACUUUCAUAAGUGAUGCGCCCAACAAGGUUUCGCCUUGUAACAGCAGCAGGGCGCCCUGUUCGACAGAUAAGGUACCAAUAGGUUGAGUCUAUUCUUUUUCUCUUCCUUGCAAGCAUAAUGAAAUUGACAUAAAUGUUAACUGCUGUGCCUACACGCUCCUUCCUUGCCGCAAAUUUCUAACAAAUUUUUUUUCAUUUCACAGGCCAGGUGAUGAAAUCCACAAACGGAUUAUUAACAGGAAAAAACAGGAAGAAAAAAAAGAAAAUAAGACCGUCAAUUUGAAAUUUAAUUUAUGUAUUUUUACCAAUAAAUUAUUUUAACCUAGCAAACAUUUUGAUGAUUAUUAUGAUCAUUAAGUACAUAUUUGUUUCUCUGCUAAAAAUCUGCCAUUGAACACGAGUUAGGAUAGUUUAUUAUCAGCCAGGUUUUAUAGCAUGAUUUAAAGUCCUCAAAAAUGAAACAUUUGUGGAACUAUAUAUAUUCUAUUUCGGCAAUAUGAAUAUUUAGACACAGAUAUUAAGGAAAAUCCAUAUAAAGAUUCAAUUAUUUUCAAAUUUUGAGGGGGUGAAGAGUGAAUAAAUAAAUGACUUCGUUGGAUGCCUCUUCGUGAACAUAUCGAACUUUUAGCCUAUGCAUAUAAAAUCGAGGUCGGGGGCAACCAAAAAACAAGUCUUGCUUUGCAAAAUUUGAAGGCCUCGUCCAUUGGUAUUGAAAUGUCAAAACGAGGCAGAAACGCCCGAGCUGAUAUUAACACCACCUAGCAACAGUGAAAUCACGUGAUUUAAAUUUUAAUGGGUCUAAUAUAUCCAGUAUCCUGUAGUUUUGUUAGGGUACAGCUUAGAUGCAUCAAAGAACACAUGCGCGACCCAUACGUCCACAUGAAACACUGAUUGUUUUAUAUUCAAAAAAGUUACUGCAUUAUAACUUAUUCAGUUUUUUCGAUCAAAAGGGACAGCCUUUCUUAAUGGGCAUUUUUAAACUCACUACCAAUUUCCAAAGCUACUGCAAACACUCUUUGAAAGAAACAUAGCGGCGAUACAAGUAACCAAAAUUCUCCCUCCUGUAUUAGGAAAUUGGAAACUGCUAUAGCAUAUAAGUUUUAUUAAACCAUAAAAUAUUCGCGAAAUCAUCAACAAUAAAGCUCUCCAAAUCACUCAUCAAAUUAAAAAAUAAAAAGCCUUCAUGAAGAAAAAUACUUACAAAUCACAAGCUUAAGUGCAAAGACCCAAAUACAGAGGUUUGAUGAAAAAGGAGCCAGUAUAUAUGUAGUCAUAUCUCUGGCAAUAUGUACUACAAUUGAUAUAUUUUGAACAUUUAAAAUAUUUCUAGAUGCUACACUCUUUCGCAAAUUACCGCAAAGCAAAUGUCAUAAGUUCCGACAUUUUAUUUAAAUAGACUACAAUCCUCUUUUUGGUCGCACCCGCCUCUUUUUGGUGGGAGCCUCUUUUGGAUUGGAGACACGCCCCAGUGGGCGGCACGCCUCUGAGGGGGGCAGGUCGUGUGUGUUGGGGGUUUUGUGUGAGAGGGGAUUUUGUGUGUUGGGGAUGGCAUUAGUUUGGUCUUUGCUAAUUUGCAGCUCGGGUUGGGGGGGGGGCUUGCGGUCCACUGGCUUGGCGUUAUGUGGGCUGGCAGUCCACCCAUCCUGUUCUAGAAACCAAAGGCAUCUGCAGUUUUGUCUAAAUGGCAUCAAGCACUUGGCAACAUAACUCUCAACAUAGAUUUUCAUCAUCUUUCAAGCAGUGUCGAUAUUUCUUCCUGCACAUUUUUCAGAUUAAAAGUUUAUUUGUAAUAAAAAUUUAGUCUUCUUGGUUUCUUAAUAAACUUUUCAAUAACUAAGUCAAUGAACAAAUUUUGAUCUUCAAGCAGUUUUAAUAUAUUUGUGUGUGUACUGAUAUUACACCAAGAUCUAAGUUGUUUUUGUCCCAUUGUAUUCCUCGGGUGAGUUUUGACUCUCUUCAAACAUGAAAAUGAGCGUUCAACUGAGGCACGGGAUACUGCAAUUGAAGCAUUUAAUUUUAAUACUUUUACUACUUCUGGAAUACUUGCUUCUAAAUUGAAAUUGUAGAUAAACUGCAACAGUUCCACUUGACUUUCUUUGUGGAAGUCUGUAUCCUUGUAACUAAAAAUCAAUUGACUUUCAAGAUUUGUAAUAUUGAAGAGAGGCCCAUACUUUGAUUUCAGCAUUUCCAAUUUGGUUGCAGGGACUUUAUUUUUCCGUUGAGAGAAAAAAUUGGGAUUAAAAAGAUCAAGGAACUCGAAGCUCUGGCAAUCUUCAAAGCGUUCAGUUGGCAUAUUAGUAAUAUUAUCAGAGCUUCAAAAUAAAGCUGCCUAUAAUUGUGCUUUCUUUCAGAUCUUGAUGAUGGUUCACCAAUCUUAUUAACCACUGAAUCAUAAGAUUCUCUUUAGGUAUUAUCAUUGCACAUGUCAGAGAGAUAUGCUGGAAACUCUGCUAUCGUUCCAAACCCAUAGCUGAAGUCUGUUUUUGUGUUUUGAAGAAUCAUAUAAAGAAUUGAAGACUGUUCUAGAAUCUUGUGAAUGAGGCAAAUGGAGAAACAGAAAACAAAACUAUUCAAAUACUGCAGUAGCCCACAAGCUUGGGUGAGGGCAGUAUCAUCCCAGAUCUUUGGAUUGUCAGUUAUUUCCUCUAAAGCAUCAACAAGAAUAUCAAACUUUUCAAAAAUAACUUUUACAGUGCGAGAGUGAUGAUACCAUCUUGACCCACCAGGGCUUCAAAUUGUAAAAUUGCUAAAUGCACUAAUUUGCAAAGAAAACCUUAACCAAAGGCAUGCUAGAUGCAGACUGACAUAAAACAAGAUUCAGUCUAUGUGCAGCACAGUGAAAAAAGUAUGCAAAAUAAAGGUCUUUGCGAAGAAGGGUUUGAAUGCCAGAAAUUUGGCGAGACAUUAAGCCUGGUUUCCACUGGGCGAUUGUCGCGAUAAAGGCGACAACUUCAACAGAAUUUUCGCUUUUAUCGUGACAAUCGUCUAGUGGAAACAUAAUUUAAUCGUGAUUGUCGCGCCACGAUUAACGCGAUUGGGGCGACAAACGCGAAUAUCGCGAUUAAAUUCAUUUUUGUGAUGGCAGUUUCUACUGCACAAUCAACAUGGCGCCCUUUACAAGAAAGCAGCUCAUUGCAGUGAUCGGCGCUGUUUACGUUUUAAGAGCAAAAAGAAAGAGGCACGAGAGGAACCAAAAGAGAAAGCACAAGUUUUGGAUCAGAAAGAUUUUCAAAGCUAAAGAAUCAAGCGAGUAUUAUAGCUUAUACCAAGAACUUCGCAUGGCCGACAGAGAAUAUCACUUCAGAUACUUGCGGAUUUCAUUGGAAAGGUUCGAUCACUUGCAUAGUCUGCUUGAAAAGGAAAUAAAGAAGAAAGAUACACAUUUUCGAAAGGCUAUCAGCACACGGGAAAAAUUGGUUUUAACCUUACGAUAUCUAGCCACUGGCUGUCCGCAGCAAAAUCUCAGCUAUUCAUUUAGAGUUGGUCGUGCAACAGUUAGCAAUAUUGUACGAGAAACAGCUGAUGCCAUUUAUAAAGUCUUGUCCCCAAUUUAUUUGAGGCCACCCCAAAAAACAGAAGACUGGGAACACAUUAGUCAAGACUUUGAAAAACUAUGGAACAUGCCGCAUGUCAUUGGUGCUAUUGACGGCAAGCAUAUUGCAAUAGAUUGUCCAAAAAAUUCAGGAAGUCAAGACCACAACUACAAGGGGUUUUUUAGUAUUUCUCUCUUAGCCAUAUGCGACGCAAGAUACAAUUUUACCAUAUUUGACGUUGGACAACAUGGUAGUAACAAUGAUAGUGGUGUGUUGCUGAAUUCUGAAAUGGGGCAAAGAUUUGAAGAGGGCUCUUUAGGUAUUCCUCAAGCAACCGGAGUCAAUGGAUACACUUUAGGUCCCAUGCCAUAUUAUCUUGUUGGUGACGAAAUUUUUCCUUUGAAAGAUUGGUUGAUGCGUCCUUACCCUGGCUCCUUAAAUGAAGAUCAAAGAAUUUUCAAUUAUAGGCUUUCGAGAGCUCGACGUGUUAUAGAGAAUACUUUUGGUAUUAUGGUCGCAAGAUGGAGACUAUUCAGAGGGCCAAUUAGAGCUUCUCGUGAAAAUGUUGUCCGCUAUGUUUUGGCUGCUGUUUGUCUGCAUAAUUAUUUGCGCCAAACAGAAAAUGCUGUCUAUUGUCCGAAUGGUUUUGUCGACUCCGAAGAUAGCAGUGGCCAAAUUCUACCGGGAGAAUGGCGAAGAUUGGCAUCUGAUGGAAUGGGAUUGCAAAACAUUCAAAGAGUUAGAGGGUCCCGCCAUACUGCAAAUGCAACAGCCAUAAGGAAUGCUUUGAAGCAAUAUUUGUGCAGCGAAGCUGGCUCUGUACCAUGGCAAUUAGCUUACAUUCAAAGAACUGGUGACAAAUAA